AUGAUGAUCGGAAACCCGAUCGUCUGCGACUGUCGACUCUCGUGGCUCAUCGCCACAUGGGGCACCCGGAGCCCCGACUGGGCCAUCUGCCAAGGUCCUCCGAGGUUUCGCGGCAGGCUGUUAUACGACCUGACCCCGGAGAAGCUAAAGGCCUGGCCCCAGGGAUGCGACGCCAACUGCACCUGCGAAUGCCACGACGACGAAGUGUUCGGCAUGGACAUUCGCGUGAGCUGCGCCAACGAAAGCCUCGAAGAGCUGCCCUCCACUUUUCCCACGGAGACCGCCGUACUCGAUCUCAGUGGAAAUCGCCUGCGGCAACUCGACGACGAUCUUGCCGACAGGUCACCCAACCUCCGAUCCCUGAACCUGGCAAACAACCGGCUUGCAAAGUUCCCUACCGACCUGGUGUCCAAGAUGAACCUCUCCAGCGUCUGGCUGUCCGGCAACCCGUGGAGCUGCGACUGUGAAGAUUACGCUUUCACCAGGUGGGCCGGGACCAUCAAGGGUGUGGUGCAAGAUGGCGAUCUGGUGCGGUGUGCAGUGCGGGAGGACCAUCCGGUUUCCGGGAGGGCCUUCUUCCAGCUGGAGCAGACGGACCUCUGUCCCAUCGCGACGGCGCUGAUUCUCACAAUCGGGAUUCCCAUUUUCGUUCUGGUGACCAUGGUUCUGACCACUUCUACGGCCUACCUGAAGUACAAGCGCGAGAUCAUGGUGUGGCUGUACGCUCGGGGAAUUUGCGGCUGCCUUCAGUGCAUCAAGGAGGACGAGAUAGACGAGGACAAGCACUUCGACGUGUUCGUGUCCUUCAGCAGCAAGGACUCUGCCUUCGUUUACGACACGCUCGUCCCGGGCAUCGAAGCCAUGGGGUUCUCAGCCUGCACAUACGACCGGAACUUCAAGGGAGGCUUCCUCAUCCAGGACAUCAUCCAGGAGGCAGUGUCCUGCUCGAGGCGAACUCUCCUCUUGCUAUCCGAGAACUUUGUGGAGAGCGAGUGGUGCCUGUGGGAGUUCCGUGUGGCGCACCACCGCGCUCUUAAGGACAAGAUCAACCGACUGGUGCUGCUGCGUCUGGAUGACGUGGACCCCAGUCGACUGGACGAGGAGCUGCAGCUCUACAUGCGAACCAUCAACUAUCUCCGCUGGGGCGAGGCACACUUCUGGGACAAGCUGCUCUACUCGCUGCCCAAGAGGCACGCCACGGGAAAACUCAUCGUCCACCAUGAGGACGGCUUUGCAAUGACCCCAUUGUCCCACGUCGAAGAGCCGUAAACUCUAAAAAAA